AUGGCCAUUGUUGUCCCAGGUUCACCUCUACAAAGACAGCAAGCAGCCACAGAAACUGCUACCACAGGCAAACAUGAUAACCACAUGAGCACUAGAAACACAACCCGAGUGACUCCGAGCAAAGACCACCGCUCCAGCGACCCCGGGCGGCACACGGGGCACUGCCCGGCCCGGGCACAGCCCGGCACAGCCGGGACACAGCAGGGGCACAGCCCGGCACAGCGCGGGCAAAGCCCGGACACAGCCCGGCACAGUCCGGACACAGCCCGGCACACCCGGACACAGACCGGCACAGCCCAGGCACAGCCCGGGGCGGCCGCCCUCAGGAGCGGCCCCAGGAACCGCUCCCGCACCUGCGAGGGACCCCGGAACGCGCCCCAGCCCCGAGGAGCGCGGAGGGCGCCUCAGCCCGCACCCGUCGCACCCCUCGGCACCACAGCCCCGCGGCGGGGGCGGCGGGAAGCACCGGCCGGGGCCCCGUCGCGGCGGCCCGGGGGGAGAUGCCGGAGCCGCGUUACUCCACCUGGGCUCGGCUCCCGCAGCCCCGCCGCCAUGCGCGCCUCCGCUCCGCGCACGCGCGCCCGCCCUCAGCGCGGAGCGGGGCGGGGGCGCGCGGGGGGCGCCGGGAAGGCGGCGGCGCGCGGCCUCUCGGGAGCGCGGCGGGCGCGCGGCACGCGGGCGGCGCGCGGUCCCGCCGGGGGCUCGGCCGGGGCGCGCCGCGACACGUGCUCGGUGCCGGCGACAGCCAUGGCGCAGCUCACGGCGCAGCUCACGGCGCGGUUCCGCACCGAGAACCGCAGGUUCGCCGUGGAGGAUGUGCCCUUCUCGGUGCCCGCGACCUCCGAGACCACCGACCUCAGCCACCUCAUCAACAAGCUGCUGGCCGCAGCGCACGAGGAUCACAAGUAUGUGGAAUUUGACUUCCUUAUCAAUGGGCAGUUCUUGCGGUUGCCGCUGGUCACACACAUGGAAAUGGAAAACAUUUCCACAGAAGAAGUGGUGGAAAUAGAGUAUGUGGAGAAAUACAUGGCCCCUCAGCCAGAAGAAUGCAUCUUCCACGAUGACUGGAUCAGUUCUGUUCAAGCCACUGAAGAAUGGAUAUUAACUGGCUGCUAUGACCAGACUGCUCGGAUCUGGUCUGUGGAGGGAAAAUCCAUCACCACAAUAGCUGGGCACACAGAAGUAGUGAAGGAUGUGGCGUGGGUGAAGCAAGAUAGUUUAUCAUGCCUGUUACUCAGUGCUUCCAUGGACCAAACUGUCCUGCUCUGGGAGUGGAACGUGGAGAAAAACAAAGUGAAAGCCCUUCACUGCUGCAGGGGACACGCUGGCAGUGUUGAGUCCGUGGCUGUUGAUUGCACAAGAACCAAAUUCUGCAGUGGAUCCUGGGAUAAGAUGUUAAAGAUCUGGUCUGCAGUACCUACAGAUGAAGAGGAUGAAAUGGAAGAAGCAACUAACAGACCACGGAAAAAGCAGAAAACAGAACAGCUUGGACUAACAAGGACUCCCCUGGCAACCCUGUCUGGCCACACAGAAGCCAUCUCCUCUGUGCUGUGGACAGAUGCUGAAGAAAUUUGCAGCGCAUCAUGGGACCACACCAUUAAACUCUGGGAUGCUGAGACUGGAGAUCUCAAAUCCACUUUGACAGGAAACAAAGUGUUUAACUCUGUCUCCUACUCACCCCUGUGUCGCCGCCUUGCAUCAGGGAGCACCGACAGACAUAUCAGGCUGUGGGAUCCUCGCAGCGAAGAUGGCUCCUUGGUUCUCCUGUCUCUGACUUCUCACACAGGCUGGGUGACAUCUGUGAAGUGGUCACCUACCCACGAGCACCAGCUGAUCUCUGGUUCUCUGGACAACAUUGUGAAGCUUUGGGACACAAGGAGCUGCAAAGCUCCUCUGUAUGACUUGGCUGCUCAUGAAGACAAGGUUUUGUGCGUGGACUGGGCAGAAGCAGGGUUGUUACUGAGUGGAGGAGCAGACAACAAACUGUAUUGCUACAGAUACCCAGCUACAGCCUCUGAUGUUGGGGCAUGAAGGUCAACAGCCAGAAGACUUUUUUUU